UGCAGUUCGAUUCACCAUCAUUUCAUCCCAACUUGGACGAAACCCUUCCAGGUACCCAGCUGCGCAACUGAAUCACAAGAUCCAACCAAGAAACCAAGAACCAGACUUCACUAUCUCGUCGGCUGACAUCCCAUCUGCACUUCGUCACCUACACUAAAGCAGACGCCGCCGUCGAUCACCUAUCCAACCCCGCGAUAUCGCGCCAGUCGCGCUUAUCCCCAUCAGUCGAUACAGCCAUCAAUGCCGCCAUAACAUACGACCACUCUUCCCCGCCUCUACCAGCAAUACCCCCGCGACAGCCGCGCAACCCCCCGCCACCAUGGCCCUGCUAGGCAUUUCCUUGAUUGUCGCCUCCGUCGUCCUCCUCGUCUUGCGCCGACCAGAAUGGAUUCAGCAGUUCUGGACGAGUCUCUACCGUCAAGCAUCGCAGAACCAGCUUCCCCGUCCACCGCAGCGUCCUAUACCGCGCAUAGAGGAACCUAAACCAGAAGAUGAUCAGGUCAACAAGAAGGAAAAGGAGAAGAAGAGGAUAUCGACCCCCGAGAAAGUAGUAUCUCCUCCACCACCACCAGUGGUGAUCCAGGAAAAUGGCAUCACCGAUAAUCCCGAUUCUCCUCGCGAGGAGCAGACAACCCCCAAAGCCUCGGCGGCCAUCCCCAGCGAUUCGGUCCCGGCAUUCACCCUCUCUGUUCCCGAACUACCCCAACAACCCAAGGUUGAGGAGGAGGAGCCUACACCGGCCGUGACAUCAUCAACCUCGACCUCGACCUCGACCUCGACCCCUAGCAUGAUGAUGCCCCCUCCUCCCGUCCCCGCGCGUGGUGGCCUCUCCGCCAACCUCCUUCGCCAACCCGGAACCUCCACACUUCCCCUACCGGGCGGCGGUCCCCUCCCAAACCGAUCAUCCGGUGGCGGCAGCGGUCCCCUCCCGAACCGGGGCCCCGGAGGCGGAGGUGGUCUCUUCCCGCCCCCCACCCACAGCACCAAACCCGCAAAGCCCUCGCGCGCCGUCGUCCUCACACCCGGCCACUCCCCUCUCGACUGGGCCCGGCUAUCAGGGCACCCGACCGCAGACCUGCGCGGCUUACCCAAGGGGACCCCUUACCUGCGCGUGACGCCGAGCAUGCUCAAGAAGAUGACGGGCCGCAAGGGCAAGGACGCGUGGAUGGUGCUGGGCGGGCGGGUGUACAACAUCACGCCCUAUAUCCCUUUCCACCCGGGCGGCGAGCUGGAGCUGCUCAAGGGCGCGGGGAGGGACGGGACGAAGCUGUUUGGGGAGAUUCAUCCGUGGGUGAAUUAUGAGGGCAUGUUGGCUGCUUGUUUGGUGGGGAUUUCUGUUAGUGAGGAGGAUGGGGAGGCUGCGCUUGCUGCGGCAAAGAACGCAGGAGGUGGAGGUGGAGGGGGAAGUAUGGAGGAGAUGGAUUAAAGGUGUUGACAUGUAAUUUGGGCGGUGUGUCAGGGGGCGCAAAGACGAAGGGGAGGCUGUGUGUGUGAUACCUUAGAAUCAUCCUUGGCAUAAAAUCUCACAAAGCUCCACGGCAAUGUGUGGAUUGUGAGAUUAGAAAGGCAUGUUGGAAGACAUUUGAGAAGUUAUAGAUGGAUAGCGCUGCCUGUGCCGGAUAGUAUAUACCCGCAGACGCGGCCACUUUAUAGAAAUGAUACCCCCUAGAGGCAGAUAAAUAAUCUCAUGAUGCAUCUUCA